CCCCCGCAUUCCCCGUCGACAACUGCCGCUACCGCUACCGCUAUCGCAGCCGCUACGCCGACUACCAUCCCACGUCUAACAGCGGUUUCUGAGUCACCUUGUGUGUCGCGUUCCUCACAACAAGCAUCAGCAAGCUCGGCUACGGUUGCCUCGAGGGCCCGUAACGCCCAGGCACACUCACACUCACACUCAUCUUCCACCAUGAUAUUCUCCGACAUUUACAAGAGCCCGCGAUCUCCCAUCGCUAAGCUCAGGCACCACUCGGUUUCAAUGCCGGCUCCACUGUCCACCUCUACCCCAGAUUGGUGCGACGAUGACCACGCCGACCUUCUCAGCAAGGACAAGGUGAAGCAAAAAGAGGCAGUCAGGCGAUAUCUCGAGGUCAAGGUCAAGAAUGACUGGGAUUUCUCAUGGCCCUCUCGUGUGGUUGACCCACCUCCCGCAAACGGCUCCAUCUCUGUCGCAGACACGACAUCCACAUCCGAACCAUCUGGAGAAGCCCACCAGCGGCUCACAAGUCUGGAUGCAGUCGAGCCUACAAUGCCAAUUCUGGAUGAGACGCGCGACGACGAUGGGUAUCAAGUAGACGAUGUUGAGUCGUCAGACGAUGACGACGACAAUAGCGACGCCGAGUCGACUUACAGCACUGUUUCGGAAGACCCCGUCCACUACCGUCCGCGCAUGGAAUGGACAUCAGAUCUUUCCGAUGAUGAUGAGCCCAUGCCUUCGCGCUCCCCGUUCCGCUUCGACAGCCCCAACACGGUAGGCUCAGCUGUUCAGGCUGCAGUCCUCGCCAAGCGCGCCAAGCGACGGAGGGCGGUUCGCAAGGAAAUGGAAUGGAACGAAGGACUGGCCUGCUUCGAGGCACGGCGAACCGCAUGGACCGGCGCACGAACUGUCCGUAUCCGCAGCAAGCCUGUCUCACCUCCCGCUGUGUCACCGCGAUCUCCCCGCCGCUUCUUUUUCCGUCGCUCCAUGUCGGGAUCUCCUCCCAGCUCUUCUACAGCGUCUACUCAGCCACCUCAGACCAGCGACGGUUCCGAUGGUUCUUCUCUUGCUAGGAGCGACGACCUCCGAAAACAGCAGUCCAAGGACACCACCCCUUCGACGACUCCAUCGAGCCGAAAUUAUCCAGUAGAGGUGUUGCUGCCAAUUGCGCCGCCUCUUCUCCCUCCUAACAACCCGCUUCGAGCCUCGAUCACUCCCUCCGUUUACCUCAGCCUCUACGACAAGGUCAUCAUCCACAGCCUUCAACCAUCAUGCCCUAUCAACCUCUCCGACAUGCUCCGCGCCUGUGUCUCAGGCUGGAAGCGCGACGGUGAAUGGCCUCCGAGACCGACCAUGGCUCCCCCGGCGCCAAUCGUUAAGAAGAAGAAGCCCAAGAAGCCCUCGACUCCACCCCAGGAGAAGGAUGGUUCCAACAACAUGGCUCGUCGCAUGAGCUUUGGCCUGCUUGGGCGCGACAAGGACGAUGUCUCAGGGAGCGGGGCCGGAAAGGGUAUCCGCCGUAGUUUGGUUCGGGCCCUCGGCAUCGGCGCUCCAGAGAAUGCUUCAACAGAGAGGCCUAGGGAGACAUGAUGGUUGGAACCCUACAACACGAUUUUUUGAUGAUUACGAUCACAUGAAGAGGACUAUCGUUGACGACUGAUGCACGGCGCUUGGAUCUGUACCUUCUUUCACAAAUUUUUAUUUUUUUUCGGCCUCUGGCAUACUGGAGAGAAGAUGGCUUCUCUGGUGUUUUCUCUUAUCUACGUUGUCAUAUCGGACUUUCUCUCCACGGCAGGGUCAUUGUUUUGAGCCUGGAGUUUCUGCGCAAGGUCAGGUCUCUACCCAAUCACCCACGAUAUCGAUACCAGGCUUCUUACGUGGCGGGCCUAGAAGGCGGAGGCGGUACAUAACUUAGCCAGCAUUUGAGUACGGAUGGAUGGAUAUGUGGUGCCAGCAUUACGAUAGCGCUGACGAAUUGUUUUUUUUUUAGUCUUGUUAGUAUAUCUCUGUCUACACACAAAUACCACCCAAUUUUUUAUUG